GCAGUGAGAGUGAGAGAAGCGCUGGCCGAGAAGCGCAGUCAUAAAAAUACAGUCUGUCUCACAGCCUGAUCUCCCUGAUUCGAUCACGCGCUCAGUAAAUUCACGCAUCUCUCUACCAAGUUCAUUAUAGUUCUCUAUUUCUUUUAUUCCAACAUGAUAAAGUGCACUGGAAUAUUCUCCUGCGCUUCGCACUAGAAAAGUUUAAUCGGACAACAUAUUAUAGCCAUAACAGAGCACAUUAAACGUAGUCUGAAAAGGAAUUUGGCAUUUUGGAAAUACUGCAUCUUCAAGAUGGCUCUGAACACAGACACCAACCAACCAACUACUGCCCUAAGUGUAGGGCAGGAAGAAGAGCAGCAACAUACUGAACAACUGACUACUCAACAACCAGAUGAAAGGUCUGACCAGAUCCCCAUUACCUCUCAGCCAGUAAAGACUGAGCAUCAAGAUGCGCCAACUGACUCAGAGUCUGCUCCUGCUCCAGAAAGCUCGGUCCAGUUGAAUGGCCUGGCCAGAGACCACCUGUCAGUCAUCGAUGAAAAGAUGGAAAUAAGUAAUGGAGUCUGCCCUAACGCUGUGGAUGCUUCUCCUCCUACCUCUUCCCGUUCUUCUCCACCUCGUCAUCAUAACUUUAAGGCUGGUCAUGUUCAUGCUAAUGGCCAUGCCCGCCUCGGCAGCCGCUCAGGUUCUAUGAGCCAUGUUGGUUCGCCUCGGCCUUCACUUAGCCGCCAGCCUAGUGCUCUCACUGAGAGUGUCGGAGAAGACACCAAGCCCAACGAUUACCUUUUCCUGGCCAUACUUGCCUGCUUCUGCCCUCUCUGGCCUAUCAACAUCGUUGGCUUGACCUUUUCUGUUAUGUCUCGAUACAGUCUGCAACAAGGGAACGUUGAUGGAGCGCGGCGUCUUGGCCGCAACGCGAAGAUCCUCUCAAUUGUCUCUCUUUUGGGUGGAAUUCUCAUAAUUACUGCUGCCAUCUUCAUCAACUGGGGACUAAUAUUAAAGUCCUGAGGGUUGCCAUGACAGUCAGACCAAGGAGGAAUUUAUGUCCAACCAACUGAUCAAAGAUGACCGUCGUCCUCCUCUAACCCUGCAUUUCCACAUUUUACUAAAGCACCUCAAGAUUUGUUUAUCACUUCUUUUCUACUUUGUAUCAGGUUGCUGAGACCAAGCAUCCCCAUUUCAUCUGUAGAAACAAAAUCCAGAGUGAAUACUUCCCCAGCACUUUGAAUGGAGGUAUAAAUGACUGAAGCCAGCGGAAUCGUAACAUGCAUGUUUUAUAGGUUUUUUCCAGCAAAAGGACUGAUUGCUUUUAAAUGAUGUCAGCAAAGAGGCAUUAAUGAUCUCAUUUCCUUUCUAAAGUCCCUGUGUGUGUGUGUGUGUGUGCGUGUGUGUGUGUGUGUGUGUGUAUGAGUGACAGAGAGAGAGAGAGAGAGAGAGAGAGAGAGAGAGAGAGAGAGAGAGAGAGAGAGAGAGAGAGAGAGAGAGAGAGAGAGAGAGAGAGAGAGAGAAUAAAAGAGCACAGUGUUUAACGAAGGCACUUAGAGAAUACAUGAAAGAUGAAAUGUUCCUCUGCUACCAAGGAUACACACUUUCUGAAUAAUUAUUCGGAUUCUUAAAUAAAGAGAAUAACUAAUACUAAAUAUAAUGACAGGAAAGAAAAUGACCAAAAUGUAGAUGAUGAAACAGAGACAGUGGAACGAAAAAACAGGCUGAGAAUCUGAUGAACCCAGCAAGCAGAAUCUCUAUCCAGCAUUCUCUGCUAGACACGAUCGAAAUCCCUGAGAAGAGGACAAUAAAAGAAACUAGCAUGCGCACUCCUACGGUGUUUCUUCUGCUUUAGUUUUUUUUUUCUUAAUAUGUAGUUUAUGUAGUUAUGUUCACAAACUAAUAUUUGGCACAUUAUCAGAGGUGGAUUUCUGAGAGAUAAACCAAUGCAGGUGAACAUACAAAGAAUCACAGACAGUACAGCUAUAGUGCAUUGAUGCUGUGGAGUAGGAAGAAGGGAGGGGAACAGGGCUGAACUGAGCUGCAGUCCUUUGUUUCACACAGAUGGAGAGAUGAGAAGGGGGAGGAUGGGAAGGAGGGAGGGAGGUGGUAAACUGCUGAUGAAAAGAUACUCUAGAGAUGGAGAGAUGCAAGGAAUUGCAGAAAAGAAGGACGCAGGCACACCUUCUGAUUGGUCCUGUAUUGUGUGUGUGUGUGUGUGUGUGUGUGUGUGUGUGUGUGUGUGUGUGUGUGUGUGAAAGAGAGAAAGAGGGAGAGAGGGAGAGAGUACAAGGGGGGGUGUAAUGCGGUAUUCCCCCUGUACCCUCCCCCUUUCCUUUUCUAGACUUACCAGACCACCAGUACAACCAUGUGAAGAAGAAUUGGUGUUAAGUUAGCAUUUUUUGUCUUUUUUUAAGUUUGUGUAACUGCAUACAAUAGAUCUUAAUGUUUACAAUACCAGUAUCAGCCUGCACAAUCACAUUCUAUAAAUGCAAAAUCAACACAGCUGAAUCUAUUCCCUUGAUUGAGUAAAUUAAUGUCACUCAUCAGUGUUAUACCCGAAUUCCCUUCUGUUUGGGUAGCUAUGCCUAAACACAAUCUGUGCCAAGUUAGCUAGCUUUUUAUUGUGUGUGUGUGUGUGUGUGUGUGUGUGUGUGAGAGAGAGAGAGAGAGAGAGAGAGAGAGAGAGAGAGAGAGAGAGAGAGAGAGAGAGAGAUGAUGAUGAUAAUUCUCCUGUGUUAAUCAUAAUAUCCCAGUCAACAAAAAUGUGGUAUUUCAACAUUGAUUAUUUCAUAUACAUUUUAUUAUGUAUGUUUGUCAUGAAAGAGUCUAAAUGUACUUCCUGAGUAAACUCUUUCUUAUUUAAUUUGUUGGGGAAAAAAGGUAAGAUGCUCACAGACCACCUAUUUUACAUGGUUGCUGUUUACAGUCUAAUUGUUUUACUGACGAAAGCCGAACAGAAGUGACGAGUGUUUUUUAUCUAUUUUGUGAAGGUUUUCAGAAGGCAAGUCCUUCGUUUUGUAGCACUUUGUAAAUAUGUGAUAUUUAUGGAAACUCUGUAUACGACAAGGUUUACAGCAUGGUAAAGCACCGCGGCCACAUGCUGGGUCCAGUGACAUGCAGGCUGCAGAGUCCUGUUAUCUGUUGUCAGUAUAAAAGCUGCACAAAUGAGGUUUUGUCCACUAGAGGUCAAGGUGGCACUAGAUUAAGCACCUGGAUGAUUCAGAGGUAAACCAAUGAACUGUGUCUAAGACUGGGCUUGAAUAAAACUGGAGGUCAGUACUUCAGUAUUCAGUACUGAAUACUUUCUACAUUAGUACACAAUGUUCAAGGACCCAUUGUUUUUGUUCUGUAUUCUUAGUGGACAAAAUCUAUAAACGUGGAUGGUUCAAAUGUGGUGGUAUUUAAAUGAAUAGGCAGAAAUUGUAUUGGACUGCAACCUUUGCUGCAUUUUACAUAACUAUGACAACUUCUAUUAUGAUUUGUAUUGUGCACCAUUUUGCUCAGUUCUCUUGCUUCCCUCAAAUAUUAAAUAACCUGUAGCAUGCUUAAUUUUUAUCCUUAGCAUUAAUCCUAAAGAUGCUGCGCAGCUGUGUGAGAAACUUGGCUUUGUUUCUGUUCUCUUGAAAUGCUUUAACUGGCUGAAGAUAUUUACUCUGCCUGCACUGCUAGCUUUCCUAAUGUAUAUACUAAUGUAUAUAUUUAUACGUAUAUAUUUGUACUGCGUUAUUCUUUAAUGAAUAUUAGAUUAUUAGUAACGCAAAUCCUCGACUGUUAUCACUGCAGUGGUUUCAUGCAUUCUAUUGUUAUACUAUAUUAAUUGUUUAACAUAUUUUUAUGGUUAUGUAUUUCAAAGUUGUUGCCUGCAGUCGAAUGCAAAAGUUUAGGAAGCCCUGACGAGUUCCAUGAUUUUCAUUUAUAAAUAUUUGGGUGUUUGGAUCAGCAAUUUCAUUUUGAUUUAUAAAUAACUGAAGGACACACUAAUGUUUCAGUAGUGAAGUGAGGUUUAUUGGAUUAACAGAAAAUGCACAAUGUGCAUCAAAACGAAAUUAGACAGGUGCAUAAAUUUGGGCACCCCAACAGAAAAAAAAAAAAAAAAAAAAAACCAAACAUCAAUAUUUAGUAGAGCCUCCUUUAGCAUAAAUAACAGCCUCUAGACGCUUCCUAUAGCCUGUAAUGUGUGUCUGAAUUCUGGAUGAAUAUUUUGGACCAUUCCUCCUUACAACACAUCUCCAGUUCUGUUAGGUUUAGUGGUUGCAGAGCAUGGACAGCCCUCUUCAAAUCACCCCACAGAUGUUCAAUGAUAAUCAGGUCUGAGGAUUGGGAUGGCCAUUCCAGAACAUUAUACUUGUUCCUCUGCAUAAAUGCCCAAGUAGAUUUUGAGCAGUGUUUUGGGUCAUUGUCUUGUUGAAAUAUCCAGCCCUUCAACUUUGUGACCGAUUCCUCAACAUUAUUCUCAAGAAUCUGCUGAUAUUGAGUGGACUCCAUGCGAUCCUCAACUUUGGCCAGAUUCCCAGUACCGGCACUCUCCCCACAGCAUGAUGGAACCUCCACCAGAUUUUACUGUGGGGAGCAAGUGUUGUUCUUGGAAUGCUGUGUUCUUUUGUCACCAUGCAAAACGCCCCUUGUUAUGACCAAAUAACCCAAUCUUUGUUUCAUCACUCAACAGCACCUUAAAAAAACGAAGCUGGCUUGUCCAAAUGUGCGUUUGCAUACCUCAAGCGACUCCGUUUGUGUCGUGUGUGCAGAAAAGGCUUCUUUUGCAUCACUCUCCCGUACAGCUUCACCUUGUGCAAAGUGCGUGGAAUUGUUGAACGAUGCCCAGUGACACCAUCUGCAGCAAGUUGAUGUAGUAGGUCUUUGGAGGUGGUCUGUGGGCUGUUUUUGACCGUUCUCACCAUCCUUCGCCUUUGCCUCUCCAAUAUUUUACAUGGCCUGCCACUUCUGGCCUUAACAAGAACUGUGCCUGUGGUCUUCCAUUUCCUCACUAUGUUCCUCACAGUGGACACUGACAGCUUAUAUCUCUGCCGAUAACUUUUUGUAGCCUUCCCCUAAACCAUAAUGUUGAACAAUCUUUGUUUUCACGUCAUUUGAGACUUGUUUUGAGGCCUCCAUGUUGCCACUUUUCAGAGGAGAGUCAACGAGAACAACAACUUGCAAUUGGCCAUCUUAAAUACCUUUUUCUCAUGAUUGGCUGCACCUGUCUAUGAAGUUCAAGGCUUAAUGAGCCACCAAACCAAUUGUGUGUUCCACUUAAUCAGUGCUUACAGGUUUUCAAAAGUAGUUACAGGUAUUCAAAUCAACAAAAUGGCAAAAUUUAUGCACCUGUCUAAUUUUGUUUUGAUGCAUAUUGCACGUUUUCUGUUAAUCCAAUAAACCUCAUUUCACUACUGAAACAUUAGUGUGUCCUUCAGUUAUUUGAUAGAUCAAAAUUAAAUUGCUGAUCAUGGAAAAUCAUGGAAAUUGCCAGGGGUUCCUAAACUUUUGCAUACAAUUAUAUUGUAUAUAUACAAUUAUGUACAAUACAAUAUAUAUAAUAUGUACAUGCACCAUAGCUUUGCAGUCAAUGGUUUGGCUGUCAGGUUUUACUGGUACAUUUCUGAGGUGUGAACUUUGACCUCACGUGUUUACACAGUUUAUAACAGAAUCCACAUGCAGCUUUAGUGACUUUCAGAAGAAGAAAUCAUCUAAUCUUUCCAUAACACCAGCAGAGUUUCGGUCUCUGGGUUUCAUUUCAGUUUCGCCAGUUCUCCAUGUCCUUUCAUUUCCAUCUGAUUAAAAAUAUGUAUUUUUAAAGGACCAUGUAAAAAGCACUCUUAAAUGCCAGUUCUUUUUGUCCUUCUUUUUGUCAGUGAAUGUACUUUCCUUCACUGUAUUAUCUCGCCCAUUAUGUUGGGUAAGCCACCAGUGCCAGAGGUUGAUGCUUUUUUCUCUAUAAAUUAAUGUUUCUUGCAUUAUGACAAGCCUGACUGCUUCUAUAAUCCUAACUUGGUGCAGACUUGCCUGUGCAUGCCUUAAACAGAUUGCUUUUAACCAACAAUAUGUGAUGUACACAGUAUGUUGAACAAGGCCUUUGAUCAAGCCCUAUGUAUUGAUCUUGUUUCAGUCCUGACUGAUACUAAUAAUGUUUCAGUGAGCAUUGUGAAUAAACACUUUCUCAUUAGUGGCACUUCUGUGUUGUUUGCCAUACAAACACCCUGAGAGAU